UCUCUCUCUCUCUCUCUCUCUCUCUCUCUCUCUCUCUCUCUCUCUCUCUCAGACAACAAAUAACAAAUAAAGGUCAGAGUUUAUAAAAGGGACUUUUGAAACUCACUUGAGGAAGAAAUCUUCAAGAAUCUCUGUCCUGUCUUUCUUUGUUUCCCUUUCUUCUUAUUUAUCAUCUAAACUUUGAUUUUUCCGUUAAGAACGAAGUUGUUGGACUAAACCAACAAAGCAGAGUACAUACAUAUAUCCAUGGAAGAUAGUUAUCUCCAAACCGAGAACGCUGUUAUGGACACUGGCUUCAUGGAUGGAUUGCUACUAGAUGGUUGCUGGUUAGAGACAACAGAUGGAUCUGACUUUCUCAACUUAACCUCUUUUAAUCCAUCUUCCUUCACGUGGUCUCCAACUCAAGACACAUCAGCACUACUAUCCCACAUGUACAGUCAAGAUUACGCAGAAAGAUCGAGUCUCGAAGAGUUUCAAUGGAACAAACGAUGGUGGAUCGGACCAGGAGGUGGUGCUUCUUCAGUUACCGAGAGAUUAGUUCAAGCAGUUGAACACAUCAAAGACUACACAACAGAGAGAGGCUCACUCAUUCAGUUAUGGGUUCCGGUUAGCAGAGGCGGGAAGCGAGUUUUAACCACAAAGGAACAACCUUUCAGCCACGACCCUUUGUGUCAGAGGCUCGCUAACUAUAGAGAGAUCUCUGUGAACUAUCACUUCUCAGCUGAGCAAGAUGAUUCCAAGGCCUUGGCUGGUUUGCCUGGAAGGGUUUUCUUGGGGAAGCUUCCUGAGUGGACUCCUGAUGUUAGGUUCUUCAGGAGCGAGGAGUAUCCGAGAGUCCAGCAUGCUCAGGACUGUGGUGUACGUGGGACGCUGGCGAUACCGGUGUUUGAGCAAGGGAGUAAGAUUUGUUUGGGUGUUAUUGAGGUUGUGAUGACUACUGAGAUGGUUAAACUAAGACCUGAGCUUGAAAGCAUCUGCAGAGCGCUUCAGGCAGUUGAUCUUAGGAGCACUGAAGUUCCUCCUAUCCAGCCAUCUCUAAAGGGAUGUGACUUAUCCUACAAAGCUGCAUUACCUGAAAUCCAAAACCUCUUGAGAUGUGCUUGUGAGACUCAUAACCUACCUUUAGCUCAAACAUGGGUCUCAUGUCUCCAGCAAACCAAAACCGGAUGCCGUCACAACGACGAGAACUACAUCCACUGCAUCUCAACCAUCGAUGACGCUUGCUACGUUGGUGAUCCAACAGUCCUCGAGUUCCACGAAGCUUGCUCUGAGCAUCACCUCUUGAAAGGCCAAGGAGUUGCAGGACAAGCCUUCUUGACCAAUGGACCUUGCUUUUCUCCUGAUGUCUCUAACUACAAGAAGUCAGAGUACCCUCUCUCUCACCAUGCUAACAUGUUCGGCUUACAUGGGGCCGUUGCGAUACGGCUACGCUGCGUGCAUACUGGCUCUGCUGAUUUCAUCUUGGAGUUCUUUUUGCCAAAGGAGUGUGAUGAUGUGGAGGAGCAGAGGAAGAUGUUGGAUGCUCUUUCGAGUAUUAUGGCUCAUGUGCCUAGAAGUUUAAGGACUGUUACGGAUACGGAGCUAGAAGAAGAGAGUGAAGUGAUAGUAACGUCAAAGAUAGAGAACACAUUGGUAUUUGAUGGAGGAGACGAGCAUAAUGAUGUGUUUGGCUUGAAGAGAGGUUUUGAGUACAAAAGCAGUGAGAGCAGCAUGUUCUUUUGUGAUGGUUUCAGUAGUAUGGCUGAGAAGAAGCGUACAAAAGCAGAUAAAAACAUAACUUUGGAUGUGCUUAGACAGUAUUUUGCAGGGAGUUUGAAAGAUGCAGCCAAGAGUAUUGGUGUUUGUCCAACGACGUUGAAGAGAAUAUGCAGGCAACAUGGUAUACAGAGAUGGCCUUCAAGAAAAAUCAAGAAAGUGGGACAUUCUCUUCAGAAGAUCCAACGAGUGAUUGAUUCUGUUGAAUGUGUUUCAGGUCCUCUCCCCAUAAGCUCCUUCUACGCUAACUUCCCUAACUUAGCCUCACGGGAACCAUCCCAACAAGGCAAAACCUCGCCUCCUCUUCCGCAGCCAUUGCAGCUCUCAAAGUCUCCUGUUUCCACAUACAGUUCAAGCUCUAGCCAAUGCUGUUCCAGCGGCGCAACAACUGAUCCUUCUCAAGGUGAUGUAAGAACUGCAUCAAGUCUUGAUGAGACGGUACUGACUCUCUCUAGUUUAGAAAACAACCCUCAAGGCGGCACCCAUUUGUUGUCAUCAUCUCAAGAUGAGGACUCUCUGAGGAUUAAAGUUAGCUAUGGAGAAGAGAAGAUCAGGUUUAGGAUGCGGGAUUCGCGCAGGCUAACUGAUCUAUUGUGGGAGAUUGGGAAGCGGUUUAGCAUAGAUGAUAUGAGCAGGUAUGAUCUAAAGUACUUAGAUGAAGACAAUGAAUGGGUUUUGUUGACUUGUGAUGAAGAUGUAGAAGAGUGUGUAGAUGUUUGCAGAACCACACCUAGUCAUACCAUUAUGCUUCUGCUUCAUGUUUCUUCUCAUUGUUUCCCUGAACGUUCUUCAGCUACAGGUUACAGUUUAUGGCACUAACCUCAAAUCAGAGAGACAAGAAACAGAACCGUUUGUACCUUUGUGUUCUGUUAUAAUUGUUCAUAAUUUUAAUUUUGUUUUUUUUCUAAAGAUUGUUUUCUUUUUCAUUUUCAAAUGUAGAUAUACAUAUAAAAGAACUCGACUGUUACCAUAAUUUUCAUAUUUUUAUACAUGAUAUGAAACGACCCUUGUAAACU